GUCCACCUCUUGUUGUUAUUCAAUUAUUUGUUUUUUUCAAUAUUUUUAAUCAUUUUCAAUGGAAAGCUGACAAAAUGAUGUCACGAAAACUGCUAAACCUCCGCCUGGGAUACCUGGCACGCCGCUGGGCCAGCACAGAUCCGCUGAGCAUUCAGAACGAGAAGCUACAGGCGUAUUUGGAGUCCCUACGCCAGGAAUACUACGCCGUGCGAGUCAACGCCGCCGGAAACAGCAAAUCCUACGCCCGUCUCGCCCAGCUGGAGGGUGUUGUCAGUGCCCUGGAGCAGCGACGCGUCCUGGAGCGCCACAUCACCAGCGCCAAGGACAUGGAAGCGGAGAAGGACGAGGAUAUGCGUGAGCUGAUGCGUGAGGAGAACGAAGUCUAUGUGGAUCUACUGGGCAAGCAGGAUCAGGCCUUACUACAGGAGCUGCUUACGCUCUCUGAUGAUGAGCAGUAUCCGGCUCUCAUAUUCGGGCUGAAUGCCGGCGCCGGUGGCCAGGAGGCAAUGCUAUUCGCCCAGGAACUGUACGAAAUGUACACCGGCUACUUCGACCACAUGGGCUGGAAUUGGGAGGAGUUUGCCGGGGAGAGCACCGACAUCGGUGGUCUGCGGCACGCCAGUCUGAUGGUGAGCGGUGAGGAUGCCUUCCGUUGGUUACGCUUUGAGGCUGGAGUUCACCGGGUACAGCGGGUCCCGGCCACCGAAAAGUCUGGACGCAUGCACACCAGCACCGCCUCGAUUACCGUGAUUCCCCGGCCUGCCGACAUCCAAGUGCACAUCGCUGAGAAGGAUCUGAAGAUCGAGACGAAGCGGGCGAGUGGAGCUGGUGGACAGCAUGUGAACACCACCGACUCGGCUGUGCGAAUUGUCCAUCUGCCCACGGGUCUGGCAGUGGAGGCGCAAUCGGAACGCUCCCAGCUCAAGAACCGGGAGCUGGCCAUGAAGCGUCUGCGGUCGCGGCUUGUGCAACAGCAGUUGGAGAGCGUUGAGGCUAACAAGAUGGCCACCAAGAAGGCGCAACAGGGAAGUCUCAACCGAAAUGAGAAGAUCCGUACCUACAACUUCGUCCAGGAUCGGAUCACGGAUCAUCGAAUUCAAGGCGGUACGCUGCAUAACCUCGAUGGCUUCCUCAAGGGUGGCGAUCAACUAAGUGGACUCAUAGAGAAGUUGCAAAUGGAACAUCGAAAGGAACGACUAAAGGAGCUUUUGGAAACGUGGGAGCCUCCAAAGGAAGCCAUUAAGGAAAACUAGAGCUAUUGUCGCUUGUUACUACAUCUUUACGACUGUUUUAGAAGUUAAUUGUAAUUGUCGCAACUAAAAUGAAUUAAAGAAUAACUUUGUCUAAGAGCAAGGUUGAAACACUA